UUUGAUAAAUAUUAUCAAAAAAAAAACGGCGACUGAUAAAAUAUAUUUGCACACGUAGAUAAUUCACUACUCCGUUAAAGUAGUUUUGGUUUCAGCCGUACUUCAAAGAUAUUCCAAACAAAGCGGUAACGAGUAAUAUAAUAAAUUAAAAUAUAUUAGUUUAUUCAUUUAAAAUAAUAUGAGUGGUGAAAGCAGUACUAUCCUAGUGACCGGAGGAUCUGGUCUUGUUGGACAAGCUAUUAAAUAUGUAAUUGAUGAAGAACAGGAAUCUGGUUCUGGUGAUGGAGAAACGUGGAUUUUCUGUGGCUCCAAGGAUGCUGACCUCAGGGACCGUGCACAGACCGAAGCCCUGUUUAAUAAACACAAACCCACCCACGUGGUACACCUAGCUGCAAUGGUUGGUGGACUGUAUCAUAACAUGGCACAUAAUUUGGAUUUCUUUAGAGAGAACAUGGCAAUAAAUGACAAUGUGUUGAAUGCUAGUCAUAAACACAAUGUGAGGAAGGUUGUGUCAUGUCUGUCCACGUGCAUCUUCCCAGACAAAAUAACUUAUCCCAUAGAUGAGACAAUGAUCCAUAAUGGCCCCCCACACUCUUCAAACUAUGGGUACAGCUAUGCCAAACGCAUGAUUGAUAUACUCAACAGGGGCUACAGUGAGCAGCACGGGCGCACGUUCACGUCGGUGGUGCCGUGCAACGUGUUCGGCCCCAGCGACAACUUCUCGCUGGAGUCCAGCCACGUCAUCCCCGCGCUCAUCAGGAGGAUGGACGACGCCAUGGCGAACGGCGCCGCCACGUUCGCGGUGUGGGGCAGCGGCAAGCCGCUCCGGCAGUUCAUCUACUCGCGGGACCUGGCGCGCCUGUGCGUGUGGGCGCUGCGCCGCUACCACAGCGUGGAGCCCAUCAUACUGUCGGUGGACGAAAAAGACGAAGUUACAAUAAGCGACGUAGCAGAAGCCAUCAAGAAAGCUCACGGCUUCCAAGGACAGAUCGUCUACGACACUUCCAAAGCGGACGGACAGUACAAAAAGACCGCUUCCAAUAGCAAACUGAGAUCGCUGUACAAAGAUUUCGAAUUCACCCCCUUCGAUGAAGCUAUGCGUACCACGGUCACGUGGUACAAGCAGAACAAAGGGCAAGCUCGGACGUAGAUUUACGUUGAACCCGUCACGAAACUUGGAGCUGCACCGAAUUGAGUGUAACUUUUGAGGUUUGUUCAGUGAAGUGGCUGCGAAGAGUCUGUCAAUAUUGCAGCUUUGGGAAAAAGAAAUAAAGAAAAAAACAUUAAUUUAUUUGUAUGUUUGUAUGUAUGUUGUUCUUUGAAACAUGUCGUUAUUUCAAUUCGUUUAUUGCGUAAGGCAAAAGAAAUUCAAGAUAGAUGACAACUUAAAUGUUAAAAACAUAAGAACGUUAAUCAACCUUGCCUUGACUUGUAUCUAUGGUCCACUUCUUUUUAUAACAUUUCAUUUCAUUUUAGUUGAAUCAUCAUCGAAAAGUCAUAUGUUUUAUUUGUACAGAUCAUUUUUUUCACGAGUUUACUUCUUUGUAUUCAUCAUAAUUAUUAUAUCGUAGUAUCAAUCCAUGUUUCUUUCUUUUUUUAUUUAUUGAUAUUAAUGAUUUGUAUAAAUUGUAACUAGCCC